CAUCAACAUAGAUAAAUCAAUAACUUCAUUUCCACCUUUUUGUUAACUGGUGCCUUCGUUUUUAGUAAAACUUGAUCCACCAUCGACAACAAGAUCUCAGAGCGCGAGAGUUUGAUCUCUCUCACUCGUGAACUCAAUCAACUAAAAUUCAACUCAUUUACUCUUCUGUUCCAACUCAACACCGAGAUCUCUGGCUUAACCUCGAUCAAACAAGAAGAUCGAUUGAGAAUUGGAAUCAAAAGAAAUUUAAAUCGAAGAUGGCCGGAGGUGCUGCUGGAGGUUUUGUUACUCGAGCAUUGGAAUCCAUGCUCAAAGAGUGUUCUGGGAAGAAGUAUACCUCUCUGCAGACUGCAAUCCAAUCUUAUCUAGAAAAUUCCAAAGAUAUCAAUAAAGAGGUGAAAUCAAGUGAUGCCAGCAAAGUGACAUCUUCAGAGGGAGGAGAUACAAGUGUGCCUGAAACCGAUAAUGGAACCACAAGAACUGAAGCGGAGGGUGAUGUGGCACCUUCAGCGUCAAAUGAUGCUGAGGUGGCAGAAAACGUGGCAUCAGGUGGAAGUGUGAAGACAACCUUGGCUAGUGCUGGGCAUAGUUUGGAAGGAGCUGAGUCGGAACUUGUUCUUAAUCCAUUGCGCCUUGCAUUUGAGACCAAGAGUCCCAAAAUCAUUGAGCUUGCAUUGGAUUGUCUUCAUAAACUCAUUGCAUAUGAUCAUUUAGAGGGUGACCCUGGUCUAGAAAAUGGCAAAAAUGGUCCUCUGUUUACAGACAUUCUGAAUAUGGUCUGCAGCUGUGUGGAUAAUUCCUCACCAGAUAGUACUACUCUUCAAGUCUUGAAAGUUCUACUCACUGCUGUUGCAUCCGCCAAGUUUAGAGUUCAUGGGGAAGCAUUACUAGGGGUAAUCAGAGUGUGUUACAACAUUGCUCUUAAUAGUAAGAGUCCUAUCAACCAAGCUACAUCCAAGGCUAUGUUAACCCAAAUGAUCAGCAUAGUCUUCAGGCGAAUGGAAACAGAUCUGGCGUCUUCACAUAAAAAAAGUGGUUCAUCCACAAAGGUUGAAGAAAGUUUUUCAGGUGAUGAAAAUGGUCAAAAGUCAACUCCUAGUGAAUCUCUUGAUGAGCUUCAUAAUCUUGCUGGUGGGACUGACAUUAAGGGUCUGGAGGCAGUUCUUGACAAGGCUGUGAAACUUGAAGAUGGUGGGAAGACCCCUCGUGGGAUUGAUCAGGAGAACAUGAGCAUUGGACAACGUGAUGCUUUGCUUCUUUUCCGCACCCUUUGCAAGAUGGGUAUGAAGGAAGAUAAUGAUGAAGUUACUACAAAGACUCGUAUUCUGUCUCUUGAACUUCUUCAGGGGUUGUUGGAAGGGGUUAGUCACUCCUUCACUAAGAACUUCACUAUCAUUGACUCAGUCAAAGCUUACCUAUCAUACGUGUUAUUACGGGCAUCAGUUUCACAAUCCCCAGCUAUUUUUCAAUAUGCAACUGGAAUUUUUUCUGUGCUAUUGUUGCGGUUUAGGGAAAGCCUUAAGGUUGAAAUUGGUAUCUUUUUCCCCCUGAUUGUUUUGAGAUCUUUGGAAGGGUCAGAGUACCCACUCAACCUGAAAUUAAGUGUUCUCCGGAUGCUGGAGAAAGUUUGCAAGGAUCCACAAAUGCUUGUUGAUCUAUACGUGAACUAUGAUUGUGAUCUUGAUGCUCCAAAUUCGUUUGAAAGAAUGGUGACAACCCUAUCAAGAAUUGCUCAAGGGACUCAAAGUGUGGAUCCUAACUCAGUCAAUGCCACUCAGAUUGGAUCAAUCAAAGGGUCUUCACUUCAGUGUCUUGUGAGUGUGUUGAAAUCCCUAGUUGACUGGGAGAAGUUGCGAAGAGAGUCAAAGCAAAGUGAAGACCAAAAAUCUAUUGAAGAAGAUUCUUCAGCUGCAGAUGCUCAGGUCAAUAGUGACGUGGCAAAUAACUUUGAGAAAGUCAAAGCUCAUAAAUCCACCAUGGAAGCUGCAAUAUCUGAGUUCAACCGUCAUCCUGUAAAGGGCAUUGAGUUUCUGAAAUCAAAUAGUUUGGUGGAGAAUACACCAGUUUCAAUUGCUCAGUUUCUCAGAAACACCCCUAGCUUAGACAAGGCAAUGAUCGGUGACUACUUAGGUCAACAUGAGGAGUUUCCUCUUGCUGUAAUGCAUGCUUAUGUUGACUCUAUGAGCUUCUCUGAAAUGAAAUUUCAUACUGCAAUCCGUGAAUUUCUUAGAGGUUUUCGUCUUCCUGGUGAAGCACAAAAGAUAGAUCGUAUAAUGGAAAAAUUUGCAGAACGUUACUGUGCAGAUAAUCCAGGUCUUUUCAAGAAUGCAGACACUGCUUACAUUCUUGCAUAUGCAGUUAUAAUGUUAAACACUGAUGCUCAUAAUCCAAUGGUGUUUCCUAAAAUGACAAAAGCCGAGUUUGUGCGAAUGAAUGCCACAAAUGACCCUGAAGAAUCUGCACCAACAGAUGUUCUGGAAGAAAUUUAUGAUUCCAUUGUUCAAGAAGAAAUAAAAAUGAAAGCUGAUAACAUCGGGAAAAGCAGCAGAAAGCCAGAAGCUGAGGAAAGAGGGGGCAUAAUCGGUAUUCUGAAUUUGGCUCUCCCAAAACAGAAAAAUCAAAGCGACACACAGUCUGAAAGUGAAGCCAUAAUCAGACAAACACAAGCAAUUUUUAGGAACCAAGGGGCAAAAAGGGGAACAUUUUAUACAUCAUAUAAAAUCAAGCUUGUGAGACCAAUGGUUGAAACUGUUGGAUGGCCACUUCUUGCUACAUUUGCAGUAAGUAUGGAAGAGAAAGAAAACAAAGGCAGAGUGUUUUUAUGUAUGGAAGGGUUCAAAGCAGGAAUUCACAUUACUCAUGUGCUUGGUAUGGAUACCAUGCGUUAUGCUUUUCUGACAUCACUCAUCAGAUAUACUUUCUUACAUGCACCAAAAGACAUGAGAAGUAAGAACGUUGAAGCAUUAAGGACAUUGUUGGAUAUAAGUGGCACAGAGCCUGAUGCACUUCAGGACACUUGGAAUGCAGUUUUGGAGUGUACUUCUCGUCUGGAAUAUACCGUUUCUACCCCUGCCAUGGCUGCUACAGUCAUGUUUGGAUCCAACCAGAUUUCAAAAGAUGCAGUUCUUCAAUCUCUUAGGGAAUUAGCAGGAAAACCAUCUGAGCAAGUUUUUGUGAACAGUGUUAAACUCCCAAGUGAGUCAGUGGUGGAGUUUUUUACUGCUUUAUGUAAUGUCUCAGCUGAAGAAUUGAAGCAGAAUCCAGCUCGUGUUUAUAGCUUGCAGAAGCUUGUUGAGAUCAGUUACUACAACAUGGCCCGUAUUCGUAUGGUAUGGGCAAGAAUAUGGUCUGUUUUGGCUAAUCAUUUUAUUGCUGCUGGAAGUCAUCAUGAUGAGAAGAUAGCAAUGUAUGCUAUAGAUUCUCUAAGGCAACUUGGGAUGAAGUAUCUGGAACGUGCAGAGCUUGCUAAUUUCACAUUCCAGAAUGACAUCUUGAAACCGUUUGUUGUUUUGAUGCGAAAUAGCCGCAGUGAAAUAAUCCGAAGAUUAAUCGUGGAUUGCAUCGUUCAGAUGAUUAAAUCAAAAGUUGGAAGCAUUAAAUCUGGUUGGAGAAGUGUUUUCAUGAUUUUCACAGCUGCUGCAGAUGAUGACCUGGAACCAAUUGUCGAAAGUGCUUUCGAGAAUGUAGAACAAGUUAUACUGGAACACUUUGAUCAAGUUGUUGGUGACUGUUUUAUGGAUUGUGUCAAUUGUCUAAUUGGUUUUGCCAAUAAUAAAACUUCUCAUCGCAUCAGUUUGAAAGCCAUUGCACUUCUCCGCAUAUGUGAAGAUCGACUUGCAGAGGGUCUGGUGCCAGGUGGCAGCUUGAAACCGAUUGAUGAUAAUGCAGAUGCAACAAGUGAUAUAACUGAGCAUUAUUGGUUCCCAAUGUUGGCUGGUUUGUCUGAUUUGACAUCUGAUCCGAGAGCUGAAGUUAGUAACUGUGCACUAGAGGUGUUGUUUGACUUGUUGAAUGAAAGAGGAAGUAAAUUUUCAGCUAAUUUUUGGGAAAGUAUUUUCCAUCGCGUUUUAUUUCCUAUUUUUGAUCACGUGCGCCAUGCUGGAAAAGAGACUACAUUGUAUGGAGAUGAGUGGGUCCGUGAAACUAGCGUUCAUUCAUUGCAGUUGUUAUGCAACCUUUUCAAUACUUUUUACAAGGAGGUAUGUUUUAUGCUGCCCCCACUGUUAAAUCUGCUGUUAGAUUGUGCGAAGAAGACAGAUCAGUCAGUGGCCUCAAUCUCCCUUGCUGCAUUGGUCCAUCUUAUAGAAGUUGGAGGGCAUCAGUUUAGUGAUAGUGAUUGGGAUACCUUGUUGAAAAGCAUAAGAGAUGCUUCAUACACCACUCAACCCCUUGAGCUACUGAAUGCUUUGGGUAUUGAAAGUGGUAAGACUAAGAGUCGGUCAGUUGUGGCUAGAGAUUUAGAGGUUCACAUAAAUGAUAAUGGUCAAGUGCAAGAGAAUCAAGAAGGAAGACCAUCAAUGGAUCUGCAUGAAUCUGAAGUUUCACCAGGCAAGGUCCAGAAUGGUUCUGAAGGUGCAGCAGAUUUGCAAAGAAGUCAAACGAUUGGUCAACGGCUGAUGGACAACAUCUUCAUGAGAAGUUUCACUUCAAAGCCCAAGAAUCCAGCUUUAGAUAUCGUGGUACAAGCUACUCCAUCCCAGACUCUGGAUGUUGUGGGGGGGCAUGAGAGUGAAGAUUUGAGUGAGAGUCCAUUCAUGGGAACUGUAAGGGGCAAAUGCAUAACACAGUUGCUACUAUUGGGAGCCCUUGAUAGCAUCCAGAAAAAAUACUGGAGCAAGCUGAAGGCGUAUCAAAAGAUGACAAUAUUGGAGAUCUUAUUCUCCAUGUUAGAGUUUGCUGCAUCAUAUAACUCUUACACAAACCUCAGACUACGCAUGCAACACAUUCCUUCCGAAAGGCCGCCAUUGAACCUUCUACGGCAGGAGUUAGCGGGCACAUGUAUUUAUUUGGAUGCGUUACAGAAGACGACUUGUGGGGUUGAGAAGGGAGAGGUUGAUGAUGAUGUGGCAGUGAAGAGUGAUGCUGAAGAGAAGCUUGUGUCAUUUUGUGGACAGGUGCUGAAGGAAGCAUCUGAUUUCCAAUCAAGUAUCGGAGAAGGUACAAACAACACCAUGGAGGUUCAUCAGGUUCUUGGAUUACGUUCCCCCAUCAUCGUUAAGGUUCUCAAGGGGAUGUGUGUGAUGGACAACCAGAUAUUCAAAAAACACUUGAGAAGCUUCUACCCUUUAAUCACCAAGCUUGUAUGCUGUGAGCAGAUGGACAUUCGUGGUGCACUUGCGGAGCUUUUCAUUCAGAGUGAUGUAAACUAUGCAAAGCAAAAGACAAAGGGCUUCACGCAAAAGCCGAAGCACGCCGCUUAUAGAAACACCGCCACCCACUUUCAUCUGCCGAUAUUCAUCUCCGGUGACGCAUAUUUCUUUGUAGUGAAGACUGCCUUUAAGAAUAAGUCAUGCUAUCACACCUAUGCAAACUUUUCUGUUUCUCCAUUGAAGUUAUCUCAAAUUCAAGGUGUGCCACCUCAUAUGCAGCUCCUUCGAGUUCCACCUUCAAUAAACAUGUCAAGACCUCUAUAUCACUAUUUGCACCAGUUGGGAUUUACUAGUACAAGAAGAUUACUUUCAUCUGAAGCAACCCCUGGUCCUUCUCCUCUAAUACCAACACUGGCUAUAGGCAGUGGGAAAGCUGAACCUGAGAAAGCUGUCUCCAAACCUUCAAAAGUCCAAGCAGUUCUCAAAGACAUAAAACAGAGCCCAAAGAAGGUGAACUUGGUUGCUGCAUUGGUUCGUGGGAUGCGUGUUGAGGAUGCUCUAUUACAGUUACAGUUGACAGUAAAACGUGCUUCAAAAACUGUCUACCAGGUGAUCCACUCAGCCAGAGCUAAUGCCACACACAAUCAUGCAUUCGAUGCAGAUCGCCUUAUCGUUGCGGAAGCAUUUGUUGGGAAGGGAUUUUUCAAGAAAAGGGUGUCGUAUCAUGCGAAAGGUAGAAGUGGAGUAAGAGUGAGACCCGAGUGUAGACUAACAGUUGUUCUAAGGGAAAUAACCCCUGAAGAAGAAGCCGAAAUCGCAAGGCUAAAAGUCCACAAUUUCACAAAACUCACAAAGCGGGAGAGGCGACUCGUGCCACAUAAGCUUAUUGAGACAACCCCAAUUUGGAAUCGAAAAGGUAACCCUAGAAAUCACCAAGAACAACCUCCUGCCAUGGCUGCAUGAAAUUCUUGCACUUCUUUACUUCUGUUUUCAUGGACAUUGUAAAAACAUAAUGUUGUUUGUGGUCAAACCGAGACACUUUCACAACUAUGGGGUUGAUUUUGAAUAAUUAGGAAUCUUGAGACUGCUUUUUUUUUUUUUUUUUUAAGUAGUUGA